AUGCCCCAGCAAGAUGCAUCGCCGACUUCUCACUACUCGCUUCAUCAAAGUUCAACCACUACCGUCACGCUAUGUUCGUACCAUAUGCUCACCUCCUCCUCCGCAUCCACCGGAUACACAAGCAACAUGAAUCCGAUGGACCGUUUCCUGUCCGAGGGCUCUGCGGAGCAGAGCGCUAUGUUCAUUCGUGGAGAUAACGGCGAGCCAUCGACAAAGAGGAAGUGCGAGUGCAAACGGACGAGCAAGGAGAAGCUAUAG